CCUUCAAGACUGAAAAAACAAAAACAAAAACAAACAUCAAAACAAAACAAAACAAAAACCAAAAAAACAGCGUUAAGUGCGUUUUCCACCCCGAGUUACGCAGAGGAGCAUUCUUCGUCGUGCUCCGAACCACCGCACAGCCAGCUCCAACACCGAGAUGACUCCAGUGUGAGAGCUCACCAGGAAGAGGACGAAGAUGACUCUCCUCGCGCCCAGCCCCGCACCCACCAGCGGGGGUGCGAGCCCCGCUGUCAGCCCCGCGCGCCAAUCAGGCAGCCUGCCUGCCUUCCUGUAGGUGUGUCCGGCUCACCUGGGAGCCGCGGUGCUGAUGACAUACCUGCAGCCCUGCGGGAAGUGCAGAGAUCUGAGUCUGCUGUAGCCCAGGGCAGGGGGGUCCCAGCCUGAGCGGUGCUGGGGGUAGCGUUGGCCCCGGCCCGGCCGCCGCAGAAAUCAGCAAGGGAAGUACUACUCCCUUGGAAGCUUGCAGCACUGCUGGGGAAGCCUGGAAUUCUGCAGUAGCUGAAAGAGAGCAUCAUGCCUUUCAUGCAUCAGUUGAAAUGAGCAUCAGCCCACUGGAUUCUGCAGAGGGAGCAGAGCUCAGCACACCUGCGGACUGUCUUUCUGCUCCAGGAGAAGCAGCAGAAAUGCCAGGCAGACCCUCAAAUCCUAUACAAAAAGUGCCAGCAGUACUGGAACAAGAGCAUGGUGAUGCAGAUCCUCAGAAGAGACUCUCAGAAUGGGAUGGAGAAAUGAUUUUAGAGGGUGGACUGGAUUGUUCAUUAAAACUUAAGCAAGGGGAACUGGCUGACCUGGAAAGCAACCAGGACUUUUCCUAUCUCAGCCCAAUCCAGGAUGGACCAGCUAAUGGCAGUGCCAUCCCACAGUCUGUGGACCUCAGCACUGAAUGUUCUCAUUCCCAUACAGAACUGGCUUUUCAUGUCUCAGAUCCUCAGGCCCAGUAUCAAAAAUCUCCUUUGGCUGAUAACAUUUCCUCUCAGAGAGAGGCACCUAAGUGCUUCUUGGUUUUUAAAACCAUUUCGGAGGGGCACUAUAAGGCUGAGCCAUCUCUGGAUAAGGUAGAAUCUUUGCAGGAGAUUGAUGCUAGUGCAGAGCAGAAGCAAAACAGCAAAAAGGUGGCACUGGCAAUUGAUGAACGGCCUGCCUUGGAGAUAACAGCAGAGGACAUGGCUAAACGUUGCACUUCUGAAGAUGGUAAGGAAAGCAGAAGAGUGCUCCAGAGUUGGGAAGAAAAUACAGAGUCUUGCUAUCAAUUGACUUCCACCUUAACAAAUGACAGCCAAAUAAGCUCACUACAAACAGGAGGAAACAUCUCAGCUUGUGAAAUAAGUAGUAGCAAGCUGUUCAAAGACCAGGAAUCAGUAAUGAUUCCUAAGGAAAACCCAUCCACUUCUGAAUGCAUUCAUAUUGAAGAUGAUUGCAGAAAAACAGACAGCAGACCUACCUCUUCAGUAUCAUGUGUUUUCUACAAAAAGGAUACUGCUAAAAAAGCUAAACGAAUGAAUACUUCACAACAUAAGGAAACAGCACAGAAGGAAGCAGUGGCUGAACUUCAGCAGGAACAAGAGAAGAAAGAGUGCAAAGACCAGAACAUGCAAGAAGAAGGAAAAUUUUUGAAGCUCAAAAAACAAGAAAAAAAGGAACAAAAUGAACAGGAACAGCAACGGCAGAGGGAAGAGCUCAGAUUGAAGACACUGUCAUCAGCUCUCCUUUCAGAGACACUUUAUAUGCCCAGGCAUAAAGUGGACUUCUGUAGUUUGGAAAAUGUCUUCUUGGCUGAGCAAACUGGAACAGCACUUCCUGGGGAGUGUGAUUUCAUGAGAGAGCAUCUUGGUGAGAGUGUGCUGCUCAAAGCUCAAGUCACAGCAGUGAGUUCUAGAUGUCAGACACCUUUUGCCAGCCCUUUCCCAUCAGAGAGCCUGAACCUAAUGGGUGAAGUUCCAGUGGUGCCUCUGCACGUGUGCCAUAUCUCUGACCUGGAAGAGCUGGAAGACACUGUCCGCUUUUCCAUGACCAGUCAAAAUAGUGUAGAAGUUGACAGGGAUGACAACAUAAAGCUGGAUGGGAAGGGUGAGCACAGUGGUGAACCUGGAAAGGCUGCCCAGAUAUUUGACAAAGGAGAAGCUCCACACUGUGGAGGAGUGGCAGCACCUUCUAGCAUAGAGGGCCAUGAGGCUUCUGUUCCAGUAUAUUCCUCCACUGGUACUGAGAAGAUGGACCCAACUGAUCCUGUGGAUCCUCAUCCCAUUGCAGAAAACUUACGAAAAGCUGAGUUUUGUGACUUUGUUUCAAAUUUACCCUUAGAGCUCACUUUUGUGGCUUCGAUGUCUGGCCCACAGCAAGAGGACAUUGGUGGAGGGGCCCUGGUGAACCCUAAGGACUGUCCUAGUUCCAGCUUGAAUAAGUUGUCAUACUCUAUAGAGAAGCAUGCUAACCAAGCUGUUUCUGUGUGCAUGCAGGAUUUGGCAUCAGCGGAAACUAUUGUUUUAACUGCUGAUCCAGAGGAGGGCAGUGGUUCCUAUGAACUGCUUGCUCCUGAGGAAGACAUUCAUGAAGACCUUAGUGUCUCAUCUUCUUUCUCUGUAGUAUAUACAAGCUCUCUUCCUGCAAAGAAGAGCCUUCCUGGGGACAGAGAAACACUGUUUUUUGUUACAGAGCCUCUGGAAUCAACUCAAACAUGGGUCAGGACUUCCACUACCUUGAACCAACCAGAAACAAUUCUUCAGUACCAAGAUCCACCAGAAGAAAGUGCCAUUAUGCAAGAAAAUGAAACUGGAACAAACGUGUUUCACAAAGCGCAACAGAUACCUUUAUUUGAUCAGUCUGACUGGAAUCCUGGAUCUAGAAUCUCAAGCAUCCUGAGCACCCUAACUUGGCCCCCUGAAGGAGAUACGGUCCUUGCUGUAAACCAGGGAGGACGACCUCUGUCUCCUAAGCCUAACACAAGCCUAACUCUCAUGUCUGAGCCUGAUGCCAAACACCUUCCUUCCCAUGUCCCAAGCCCUGUUCAAGCUCAGGCCCCUGCACCUAAUGCCAAUCACUGUGUCCAGGCUCUAGCUCAUGAGAGUCAUGAGACACUGACUCCUGUACCCAACUCCAAGCCACAUCUGAACUGUAAUAUGGACAAUCAUGACUUACUAGCCCUUACUAUAAGCCAUCCUUUAUGGACUGCUGCUAUUGUGUCUGAUGCUAACACUGCCAACUUUUCUCCUGAUAAAAGUCUUACAGACGAAGUUGUCCUUGUUCCAGCAACUAAAGAGCACAAUUUCUGUGACUUGAGUACCCGAGAUACAGAGACUUCUAAUGACUCAGGGGUCAGUUUGUUGGCCAAAGGCUUUUCUGCUGCUGGAAAUGAGGCAUUGGCCAGCUGUUCUGACACCAGCACUGAAACAAUGAUUCAGCACGAGGGUAUACAGUGUGAAAAAUCCUCACCUGACUACCUUUCUUGGUCCUCAUUGGAAGAUUUGGGAACAUUCACAGACUCAGAGAGCAGAGACUCUGUACAGUCCCUUCCAAUGCUAGCAUUCACCAAUCCAAUUCACUUUCUCCAGCUAAGCCCUCCAUCACCACCAACUGCUCAAACAGUCUGCCAAGAAGAUGAGGUAUCAGGAGAGCUGCAGUGGGUGCAGCGAACAGACCUCUUUGAUAUGGACACAAGGAACAUCCAAGCUUCAACAAUUACAGGGAAAGCAAAAAGUGAGGGAAGAGUAAAACAAAGGCUAGAAGGACAAGAAAAAUACCGUUUGGUAUCUCAAUCAAAAGAAGUACCAAAACAUUUACCUUUGGAAAAAUCAUCAAGCUGGCCAGACAAAAAAACAAUUGGGGUAGUUGCAAAAGAGCCAAAAGCCAGUCAAGAAAGUCUGAGUAAGUGCAGAGUGAAAAGCAAGGACUGGCACCGGCAGGGCCUAAAAAGGAUAUCUGUACCACCAGACAUCUUUCAGGAAGUCUGUCCUGUUCAUUCAGAGGAAGAAGUACACAAGGUGCACAGGGAACCACCAGUCAAUUCAGAAACAGUUAUAUUGCGAGAAAAGAAACCUGCAGAUACAAUGGGGACCUUCAAACGUCGGCACUCCAAACUCAUCAACUCCUCAAAGUUGCUGUAUCAGGAGUACAGUGAUGUGGUUCUGAACAAGGCCAUUCAAAGCCAGAAGAGAGUGGAUUCUUUUACAGAGGAUACAGAAUCGAGUUUGCCAAGCUCCCCGAGGCUACGAAGGAAAGUGUUGUCUCCCCAGGACUCAUAUUUGCAACGUCUGUCAGUGUCAUCAAACGCAUCCCUCUGGCAGGAUAUCCCCAUGAUCCGGGGCAGCAGAAUAUUACUCAAUAUGUCCCGUGAUGAGCAGAAGCUGCAAGAGGCCAAAUUUGAGUUGAUAAUGUCUGAGGCUUCCUAUCUGCGCAGUUUAAAUGUGGCAGUGGAUCACUUCCAGCGAUCAACAGAACUCCAGGCAAUUCUCAGCAAUCAGGAGCGUCAGUGGCUUUUCUCACGCCUUCAGGAUGUACGUGAUGUCAGUGCCAGUUUCCUUUUUGACUUGGAAGAGAAGUUUGAAGAGGACAUGUUCACCUUCCAUGUAUGUGAUGUGGCUCUGAAACAUGCUCCUGAGUUCCAUAGGGUCUAUCUACCAUAUGUAACAAACCAGACAUACCAGGAGCAAACCUUCCAGCGGUUACUGAGUGGAAAUGCAGGAUUUCAACAAGUCCUGGAAAGAUUGGAAAGUGAUCCAGUAUGCCAGCGCCUCUCACUUAAAUCCUUCCUCAUCCUCCCUUUCCAGCGCAUCACUCGACUUAAACUCCUCCUGCAGAAUAUCCUGAAGAGAACUCGGCCUGGGUCUGAGGAGGAAGUGCAAGCAACACAGGCCUAUGAUGCACUUGAAAAGCUCAUCAAGGACUGCAAUGAAAACGUUCAACGCAUGAAAAGCACUGAAGAGUUGAUUUACCUCAGCCAGAAGAUUGAGUUUGAGUGCAAGAUAUUCCCACUCGUUUCACAGUCAAGGCGACUUGUGAAGUGUGGUGAAUUAACAGCGCUGGACUUCAAUACUCCAAGUCCAAAAUGGAAAGUCACCACGCGUCCUAUCUACCUACAUCUCUUCAAUGACUGUCUGCUCCUAUCUCGGCCAAAGGAGGGUGGACGUUUUGUUGUGUUUGAUCAUGCUGCUUUCUCAGAUGUGCGUGGGGAAAAGUGUGAGAUGAAACUGCAUGGAACAAACAAAAAUGUUUUCCGUCUGUUUCUACUUCAGAAUUGCCAGGGAAAGAGAGUGGAGUUUCUAUUUCGCACAGAGACACACAGUGAGAAACUGAGGUGGAUCUCUGCUUUGGUUCCUCCACAAGGGGAAUUGGACCUCCUGGAAUGUCCUGAUGCACCACAGGUUCAAUGCAUAAGGAUGUACAAAGCUCGGGAAAAUGAUGAGCUAGCUUUGGAGAAAGCAGAUAUCAUCAUGGUUAUGCAAUACAGCAAUGAUGGAUGGAUGGAAGGAGUGAGACUUUCAGACAGGGAGAGGGGAUGGUUCCCCUCAGAACAUGUGGAGCUCAUCUCCAGCAAACAUGCACGGCAAAAGAACCUGAAAGAAGAACAACGUGUGAAGAAUGCCAAGCAGCAAGUCUUCUGCAGGAAAUAAUUCUACCUUGCUUGAACCUGUGCAGUCUCUCUGCUACAGAGAAACCAUCUUUUUUCUAUUGUUCCUCGGAAUAAGCACCGCUGCAAAGAGUGUAUUACAGAUGAAUCUUUUGCCAAAGAAAGUGGGAAUUCAACCGGGAAAAUAUAUUCACUUCCUUCCUGUCACCAGAAUCACAGCAGCAGAAGGGAAAAAUGUUGCAUGUAUUGCUUGCUUUGUGUUAGUAGGGAGUGACUUUAAUCGUACAGAGCAAUGGAAUCUGGAUUCCUGGAAAUGUAUUCUGAUUUUACCACUGGCAAGUUACUUCAGAAUUCUGCCUUAGUUUUCCUAUCUGUGAAAUGGGUUUAUACUUACCUACCUCACUGGAUGUUGUGAGGCUAAAUUGAUUAUUAUUAGCCUACUGAGAGCUUUGAGUUUCUGAGAAAGAAGGCGCUAAGCACAAAGCACAACAUAAGAUGAGGAAAAUUUUCCAUUUGAAUAUCCUCUUCAUGUCUUGAGAGUAUUGAUCUCCUUUCUAUAAUUUCUACUUGGAACAAUGGAUCUAUUUGAUCGUACACAUCUACUGUUGUUUUCUUUUCUUUUUAAAAGGUACAGAUACAAUGAAGCACUAAGUCUUAGCAUGCUAUAAAGAAUCCUCAGUAACAUUAGAAUACACACUUGAGUUUUAGAAAGUUUUUGGAAGUCACUGUUAUGAUUUUCUGCACCUUAAGAAGUAUAAAACUGAAUUACAGAAUUGUAGGAGCUGGAAGGAACCUCCAGAGAUCGAGUACAACUCCCCUGCAAAGCAGGUCCCCUACUGCCAGCUACACAGAUAGGUGUCCAGGGAGGUCUUGAAUAUCUCCAGAGAAGGAGAUUUCACAACCUUCCUGGACAGCUUGUUCCAGUGCUCCAUCACCCUUACCAUGAAGAAGGUCCUUUGCAUGCUAGUACAGAACUUCCUAUGCGCAAGUUUAUGGCUGUUUCCCCUUGUCCUGUCCCUACUGACUGCUGAAGAACCUGUUUCACAGCAGUCCCCCUCUUUCCUGAAUCAGAGUUCCACUAAGCCAUCUGAAAUGGCCCUGUUUUCUACUCUACCUCCCACUCAAAGUAGAACAGUUACUUUUUAUAAAGAUCUGACAUGUAGGUACAUGCCCUGUACAAAAUAACCAUGUCUAGACAUUUGGAAUGAAGUUGCAUUUUCCUGCUGUCCUAACUAUUACAGCUGAUAUGAUACUGCAUGCACCAUUUUGCACACUUGUGGUAGACGCUGAGAUAUUUUGCCACUGUAGAUAAAGUCAAAAUAUGUGCCAGGGACUCUGUUGUAUUUGUAGAACUCUCCAGUUGUAAGUCCAGUUUACAUGUAGUCCUGCUUUUGUGCAGAACCUGUCUGAGCACAUGCCUUCAACUGUAAAAUAUUGUUGCUGCUGCAUUUAGUUAUGUUAAUACAACAUCAAGUAUAUGAAUCAAUACACCAAAGAAAACUCUGUAUCUUUCUUGCAUUUAAUAUAUUUUAAGAAUUAUCUUCAUAUUUCCAGCUUUCCUUUUGUAUAACAUUCUGCCUUUACAGAAUCACAGAAUGGCCAGGAUUGGAAGGGACCUCAAGGAUCGUGAAUCUCCAUGCCCGCUGCCACAGGCAGGGCCACCAACCUCCUCAUUUAAUACUAGACCAGGACCCCAUCCAACCUGGCCUUGAACACCUCCAGGGAUGGGGCAUCCACAACCUCUCUGGGCUUGCAGCACCUCAUCACUCAUAGUAAAGAACUUGCCCCUGACAUCCAACCUAAAUCUUCCCUCUCUCAACUUAAAACCAUUUCCCCUUGUCCUGGUGUUAUCUACCCUUUAAAAGAGUUGACUCCCCUCGUAUUUGUAGGCUCCCUUUAGGUAUUGAAAGGCUGCAAUGAGGUCACCCUGCAGCCUUCUUUUCUCCAGGCUGAACAAGCCCAGCUCCCUCAGCCUGUGCUCGUAGGGGAGGUGCUCUAGUCCCCUGAUCAGUUUUGUGGCUCUCCUCUGGACCCUCUCUAACAGUUCUUUCUGGUACUGGGGGCUCCACACUUGGACACAGUAGUCCAGAUGGGGCCUCGCAAGGGUGGAGUAGAGAGGAACAGUCAAUUCCCUGUUUCUGUUGGCCAACCCUCUUCUGAUGGAGCCCAGGAUACCAUUUGCUUUCUGAGCUGCAAGAGCACGCUGCUGGCUCAUGUUAAGUUUUUCAUCCAUCAGGACCCCCGGGUCCUCUUCUGCAGGGCUGCUGUCUGGAAGGACUGCUCCUUCCAGUCUGUAUGGAUGCCUGGGAUUCCUCAGUCCCAAGUGCAAAACUGCACUUUGCUGUGUUGAACCUCAUUAGGUUCACCUGGGCCCAUCUUUUGUGUCUGUUGAGGUCUCUCUGAAUGACAUCCCUUCCUUCCUUCCGCUGUGUCAACCACACCACUCAGCACUUGCUGAGGAUGUACUCAAUUACGUCGUUGAUAAAGAUGUUAAAGAGCACUGGUCCCAAGACAGCCCCUGCGGGUGCCGCUUGUUACCGGCCUCCACCUGGACAUAAAACCAUUAAUCACCACCCUCUGUCUGUGGCCUUUCAACCAAUUUUUUUAUCCAUUGAGUGGUCCACCCAUCAAAUCCACAUUCCUCCAAUUUGGAGAUAAGGAUGUGGUGGGGAACCAUGUCAAAGGCCUUGCUCAAGUCCAGGUAAGUGACAUAGGUCAUAUUUCCUUUGUCCAUCACUCCAUCACUGCAUCAUAGAAGGCCACAGAUUGAUUAAGCAUGACUUUCCUCUGGUGAAGCUGUGCUGGCUGUCUCGGAUCACACGCUCAUUCCUCAUGUGAUCCAGCAUGCCAUCCAGGAGGAUCUGUUCCAUGAUCUUCCCAGGUACAGAGGUGAGACUCACCCACCUGUAGUUCCCAGGGUCCUCCUUGCUCCCUUUCUUAUAAACGGGAGUGACAUGACCCUUCCUCCAGUCAUCCGGGAUCUCACCUGACAGCCAUGAUUUUUCAAAUAUGUUGGAGAGCAGCUCAGCAACAACCUCAGCCAGCUCCUUCAGAACCCUGGGUUGCACGCCCCAUAGACUUGCAUACAUUCAGUCUCAUGAGGUGGUCUUGGACUUGCUCUGCCCUUACAGUGCCCUCCAUGGGGAUUUACCAUCCUGAUCCCCACCUAGAGGUUUAGGGAUGCAGGGCUCAGGGAUGUGAGAAAUACUGGAAUCCUGGCCACCAGUGAAGACCAAGGCAAAGAACUCAUUCAGUACCUCAGCCUUCUCUUCUUCCGUUGAAGCCAGUUCUCCUUUUACAUUUACCAAAGGAGGUAUACUUGCUUUGGCCUGUCUCUUCUGGCCAAUGUACCUGUGGAAUGUCUUCCUAUUGUUUUUCACAUCCCUCUCCAAGUUCAGUUCUGCCUGCACCUUGGCUUUCCUAAUCCCACCUCUGCAAGUCUGGACGGCAUCCCUCUAUUCUUCCCAAGUGACACGCCCUUGUUUCCAGAGCUUGUACACACCUUUCUUUGCCUUCAGCACGCCCAGCAGGUCCUUUGCCAAGCCAUGCCAGUUUCCUACCUCCUCAGCCCGCUUCCUUAUUCAGAGGGACGGAGAGCUCUUGUGCUCUCAGGAAGGCAUCCUGGAUUCUUUAUCCUUUAAUUGCCAUGUACACUGUGGUAUAGCUUAUUUUAGCCUAUUUACGUCAGUAAUUGUAGCUGGAUUUAAAUAAAUAAAUGAAUAAAUAAAUAAAGUUUUCAUCCUAGUAAAUUCAUGCACUUCUCCCAUUAAAAUAAAAUAUAAAAAAAAGUCUGCUUCCCUGAUUUUAGAUUUUCAUAUUAAAUGAGAGUAGCUGACUAUUUUCUGAAUAUUUUCAGAAAUAUAUUCAGUAUUUUAGUUUCUUUUUUCCAUAAACACUCCUUUCUAAGUUAAGUACAAAUUGCUAUACUUAGCAAAGUUAGUUAAGAAAACUUGCUUCACUAGCCAUGGUAAUGAUUUCAAGAGACUUGCGGUGUAAGUUUGUGAAUGUUCUGGAAUAGUUGCUGCUGCAGGUUUCCUAGUGGUAUUAGUCAUCAGUAUAUAAGGUUAAGCUAAAAGAAUGAAAUAGAAUGAAAGAUAGAAUGAAAAAGAAUGAAAUCUCUUCACCUAGAGAAGAUGGGAUUUGGACCUACUAGUAAUGUGGAAUUUUUGAGCCCCUCACUAAGAGGAAGAUACUGAGUUACAAGAAUGCUUGGAAAGAAGAGCAACAGAGCUGCUGAAGGGACUACAAAACUAGACAUGCAAGGUUACGGAACAGGGCUGUUUAGUAUGGAGAAAAGGAGAGUAGAGAGUAGAUCUCUGCAACUACCUGAAAGGAGGUUGCAGCAAGGUGGAUGCUGGCCUUUUCUCAAGUGACAACUGAUGGGGUGCAAGGAAAUGGCCUCAAGUUGUGCCAGAAGAAAGUUAGACUGGAUAUCAGGAAGUUUCUUCACAGAAAGAAUAGCAACACAUUAGAACAAGCUAUCUGAUGGAAGUGGUGGAGUCACGGUUCCUGGAGGUAUCUAAGUGAUGUGUGGAUGAGAUACUUAGGGAUGUGGUUUACUGGUGGAUUUGUAGGGUUAAAUUGAUGGUUGGACUUCAUGAUCUUAAGGUUUUUUCCAACCUGAAAGUUUCUAGGUUUGUCUUUUUAAUUUACGAUCCAGACUACAGUAUGCAUACUUUUCUUGCCUAGAAGAACUGAACCUGAUACAUAGCUCAGAGCAGAAGUAAAGCCCUAUCUCAAACUACACAGUGACAUAAGAAAAGUUAUAAGCUUCACCAAGAUCCACAGAUGUUUAAAGAUCCAAAAUACCUACUCAUUCAAGUCUUAUGAAGUGUAAAGCGAUCACAAUCACUGAUGUUUCAAUCGUGUCUGUGUAAGGUCAUCUUUUACAAGCAGUCCCAGGUGUAUCGUAUUUUAUCAGCUUAUUGCCAAUUUCAGUUAGAAGUCAUCUUGUUAACAGUGUGUAAACCAAGAAUUCUUUACUCUUUCAACUUCUGCUCUCAAGAACAAGUGGGCGUAUUAUUUGUUAGUCUUCCAAGGUGAUUUUUAAGUUAAACUGUGGAGACACUAUUGUUGUGAGGGAUAGAAUGCUUAUACUGUUUAACUAUUUGUAUCAAAGGUUAACUUCUCCCUUUUAAAAUACACACAUCCUGUUGUCAUGAUUUUGUUUAGGAAUAUUUAAUAAUCUACUUAUGCUUUUAAGUGAUUGUAUCCUGUUUUACUUUGCUUACAUUUCAGGUAGUUCUCAGCUUCUCACUGUCUCUAAACUAGUUAGCUGCAGCACCAUCCUACCUCCAAAAUCCAUAAAAAAUCUCCACUGACUUGCUUCAUGCUUUUUGAGACUAACUUUGUAAAAGCUAAGGACUUGUUAAUUAAGCUACUGCAAUUCUUCUCAACAGCUCUUAGCACCUUCAACUGUACAUUCAGUUGAUCAGAAUCAAGUUGACAAUCUUCUGAAUCCUAUUAAUCUUAAUUGUAAGUCAGAAUCUCUCCCUUACAUUAUCUAAGAGGGCCAGCCUGCCUUCCCAGAAAAUUGAUAUUAAACAGGCAUAGGUUAGAGCUUAUCUGCUCCUUCUCUACACUCUGCUUAUAAGCCAAAGAAGGUCCACUGAACAAGAACACUGAAUGAGAAAUGACCUUUAAACAUAUGUCAGCAAGACCUGGGACUCAAACACCAGUGCUGUUUAUAUCUGGUCUCCUGUGUAAUUAGCUUGAGGCAUCUAUUUGACAUCACAGAGGCUACAGAAAGGAGUAGCCGUGUGCAUAAACAAGAACCUUAUAGCCAUAUGUAGAGCCCAUCUGAAGAGCCAUAAAAUACGUAGUUUUAAAACACAUCCCUUCCACAGAAUCACAACACACAUCCUAGUAAAAUCUAUUAUUUGAACAAGAAUCUGCUAAUGUUUUACACUAUAAACCAGUAUGUUUAUUGCUGAAGCCUGAGAAAGAAAAAAAAAUUCUGUUUCUAAAUGUGAAUGGUUCUAUUUCUAAAUGUGAAUAAUCUUAAGAGGUAACCCUUCUUGCCUCCUUGUCAUGGCUCCAAGUGCACCAACAGGCUUCUAUUACCCUGAAUGGUUUCCUACACCAAUUAAUUUAUUCCUUAUUGUCUCUGGAAGUAUAUUUGAGCUUAAGCAUAGGGACAUAGGAACCACAUUCCUAUGUAGGCUUGUAGGCCUGUGCCUACAGAGACAGGAAUACCUGCCUCUCACUGCAAUUCCUUCUACUUGUGACUGCAGCCUCCAGACAGACCAGGGCCUGUU